AUGGCUAGAUUAUUAUAUGAAUCAAAUAGCGAGGACGAAUUCCCGCCACUAAAGGUUGUUGCAAAGCGCGUUAGACAAAAGAUGCCAGCGGCGAAGGACACAAAGCCAAGCAUAACAGACAAGGAGAAUGUACCAUCAAGCGAACCACCAGCAAGCCUUCUCGGGAAGUCAAAGCUCUCAGAACUGUCGUUUAGAGGAACUCCGCUGAGGCGACGGAAAUUGGGCGACUCGCAGGCAUUGGACAAUCCGCUCUUCCGAAAAUGGAGCGAAGAUACUGCAGAAUCCAGAUCAAGGUCGUCUCGUGUUAGCAGCCGGGAGACCAAGAGGAACACAUCGGACAUAUCAAUAUGCCCCUCACAAGAAUUAGAGGACAGCACCCAAGAGUCUGACGACGACGUUUUUGUGCGGAGGAGAAUACGAGCCAAACCUGCUGCGGAGAAGCUGGUAAGGAAACGUGCGGAAAGCCGGGUCAAGACCGAGGUUCUACUAUCGGUCACUGAAUUAAGCGACAACACGCGGACCACUGAGGAGACGCUGGAGAUAUCGGCAAUUCUCUCUGAAGGGGAGGAGCUGGAAGGCCAAGGACACUCAAGUAAUGAUGAUGAGUCGGAGUUUGUGACUGCGUUGUCUGAGAACGUGGAGUCAGACUCGAAUUACGAAUCGCCAUCAGAAUCCGGGUCCUUGACCAAACCCAGGCGAUCAAAAAGUCCCGGUACCAAAUCAAGAGGACUAGUCCGACUAUCGCCACCAAAAGAGCCACCGAAAAGGCAGACACAAUCGAACAAAUCACCGGCAAAGGAUAACAAGCGAGCUCACAGCAUGGACAAAACACAAACCGUCCCUCAGACCCCAGGGGUAAGAUCCAGAAAGAGCAACCCUAUAACAGAGAGCCUCGGAAAUGAUUUUCAAAAAUUAAAGCUCUAUGCUGACGAUCUGGAUAAUUCACCUGAUGCCAAGCCGCAAACACAACUCAAUCCAGUCACUCCUAAGAAGUCAUUGCAACAGUCACCAUUUAAAGCAACCAAAAUUCCACCUUCUCCAUGGAAAGCCGAGCAUAAAGAAUUUUGGGAUGUUGAGAUACAGAACGAGUGGGUCGACCAGCACUCGCCUCCCAAACGCGGCCCCAGAAAGGUUGACCUGAUGGCUGGCACUUCCAACAUAGAAUUGCUGAAGAAAAAGUACGGGGCCAGCCCAGAGAAGCGGGAUGCAAAAAAGAUGUUCGACCAGGCCAAGGAGAAAGUGGCGCAGGAAUUCCUGCACGAGCUAGAUGAACGCAUCACGACCGGUCAGCUGUCUAAGCUGACGGAAGCUACAGGAGGGUUGCGCAUCAAGUGGUCUACCUCGUUACAAACCACGGCUGGCAGAGCUCACUGGAAGUGUAAGGAAACGACCACCAACGUUCAGCAGCCGGAUGGCUCAUUCAAAUCGACAAGGGAGCGCCGGCACGAAGGCUUCAUCGAACUGGCCGCCAAGGUUUUGAGCAACGAGGAGGACCUACUCAACACAGUUGCGCACGAGUUUUGUCAUCUCGCAGUCUUUAUGCUCAAUGGCAAGCCCAAGUUUGCACACGGAGCAGAGUUCAAGUCAUGGGGUAGCAAGUGCAUGGAUGAGUUCAAAGACCGAGGGAUCGAGGUGACCACGAAACACAACUACGAGAUCGACUUCAAAUUCAUCUGGCGCUGUAGCGACUGCGCAACCGAGGUCAAGCGACACUCAAAGAGCGUGGAUCCUCUCAAGCAAAGGUGCGGACGGUGCCGAGGCACGUUGGAGCAGGUCAAGCCUGUCCCAAGAGCCCGUGGCAAAGGAAAGAGUGCGUACCAGGAGUUUGUGAGCACAGAAAUGAAGGUGCUGAAAGCUGAGGGCAGGGCACUGAGUUUCAAGGAAAUGAUGGCCACUGUCUCCACACGCUGGAAAGCUCACCAGGAAACGAAAAGGAUGGAAACCAGCACUCCCGGCAACGACCUUAAAGAUCUGGAAGUUGAGUUUGAGGAGCUGGCGGUCACAGACGUGAUAUCUGACUGA